GAAGCAAAACGUAUUUAACGUUACAGUGAAGGACUCUUAAAAUGCAUUUUCACCGAUACAAAAGUUAUUUUCGUGCUGUGAUGUCAUUAUUUUGUGAUAUGGUUUAACGAUAUAGUUUCCUAGUCGUAUUUUUUAAUUGUAAAUAACUGUACCUUUAUUAAAUAUUUUUUUGUAAUAUGGCAAAGACUAAAACGAUCAGUAAAGGCUGCCCCAAAUGUGAACAGCAGGUACCCGUUGCCUGCAAAGCAUGUCCAUGCGGUCAUUCAUUUUUUAAUGCAAGACGCAAUUCUAUUAAGAGUCCUCCUAGUCCUGAUAGCGGAGUAAUGAAAACAAGACGAACUAAUCGAAUCAAAAGAGAGAAGCCAAAUUAUUACGAUGCUUUAGAAUAUGACAAACAAUCAAAGAAGAGUGCUAAAAUAAGGAAAGCAACAGAUGCAGCUAGUGACAUUGACUGUCGACAAUUAAAUAAGAAGAAGAAACGAAAAGGAAAAGGUAAAGGAAAAAAUGGAAGUAGUAAUGGAUUAGGAGAUGACGAUGAUGAAAUGGAAGGAAUCAAUGGUUUGUCACCAGAGAAACAACUCACAUGUUCUUUGAUAUUGCAAGAAUUGAAUAACAAGAUGAGAGUGGUAGCUUGGAAGCCAACAUGA